AUUGCCGUCGCAUGUAUUUGGUCUAUCUGCACCGCAGCUCUUCAAUCCGCUGCGCAGAAUGCGGAUUGGAUGUUUUGUGUCUUGAACGGCAUUGGCACCGGCAUGUUGAACGCCAUCACCCCAGUGUGGGCAACAGAGGUAGCUUCUCAUACAUCUAGGGGCAAGUUUGUCGCCAUAGAAUUUACUCUUAACAUCUUUGGUGUUGUUGUCGCAUACUGGCUACAAUUCGGCACGUCGAAGUACAAGGACCCGACAUCAUCCUUCGUCUGGAGGUUUCCAAUUGCAUUCCAAAUCAUCCCUCUGAUCGCCCUCUUCGUCAUGAUCUGGUUCAUGCCGGAGUCCCCACGAUGGCUAGUCAAGGUAGGCCGAGAAGAGGAGGCUAGGUUCAUCCUGGGUAGACUCCGCGGAACCGAGGGUGAGGAUGGAAAGGCCGCAGAGGCAGAGUUGCAGGAAAUCAUCAGCAUUAGAAACCUGGAAGACGACACCGCCAAGCAGCAGAGCUACUUUGCCAUGCUCUUUGGAAUAGGCUCGGGCAAAUUGCACACUGGUCGUCGUGUUCAACUUGUUAUCUGGCUUCAGAUUCUCCAAGAGUGGGUAGGGAUUGCGGGAAUCACGAUCUACGGGCCUACGAUCUUCUCGAUCGCUGGCAUCAGUUCGGAGCAGCGUCUUUGGGUGAGCGGUGUGAAUAACAUCACUUAUAUGUUUGCGACGUUGAUUUGCGUGUUCACUAUAGACCGCAUUGGUCGACGUUGGACACUGUACUGGGGUGCUGUUGCGCAGGGGAUAUGCAUGUUCUGCGCCGGAGGCUUAGCAAGAGCAACUCUCAAUGCUGAUCCCGGCAACCGUUCAGGACUGGGUGGUGCCGCUACCUUCUUCGUCUUCCUAUAUACUGCGGUAUUUGGUGCGACUUGGUUGACGGUCCCCUGGUUAUAUCCCGCGGAAAUUUUCCCCCUGCAAGUACGUGCCAAGGGCAACGCUUGGGGUGUUGUUGGAUGGUCGAUAGGCAAUGGAUGGACGGUGCUUCUUCUCCCUACAAUCUUCGAAAAGCUCAACGAAAAGACGCUGUACCUCUUUGGCGCGGUCAACUUCAUAUCCCUCGUCGCUGUUUGGGCACUCUACCCGGAAUCGAACCAACGCACCUUGGAGGAAAUGGAUCUUGUCUUUGCCAGCGAGAGUAUCUGGGCAUGGGACGCUGAGAAAGAGUUUGCUAAGAUCAAGGCCGAGAAUCCUUCCCUCGUUCACUCGGCACAUAUGGGCCAUGGCGUUGUUGACCCUGAAACGGGUGUGGCUCCAGCUAAGGUGGACAAUGAUCAUAAGGAGUAG